AUUCUGUACACCAGCCAGCAUCCAGUAGGUUGAAGCGCGAGAUCUCAGGCACCACCGGUUGACAUCAACUGCAAUGUCACUUGGAAACUCACACUUUACCUGAAUACCCUGUCCUCUUCCUUUUGACUCCCAACCCAGCCCUCAAUAUGGGCCGGAAAGACCCUCAAAAACCAGUCUCCAAAAUUUCCUCCGCCUCUUCGCCCGCAGUAGCCGCCGGUGUCAAUACUCAAAAAUCCUCAGUGUUGAAAUCAGCGUUUGCUCCCUCACAACUGCAAUUGCACCUCUUCGCCUCAGUCAUUCAGAGCUUUGACGUUCACCAAUUGCGCAUUCAUGACACGGCUACGGGACGUUUGCGCAGCCAGCAUGAGACCAGAGCUGGCUCAAAGAUCACUUGCCUCGAUUGGGGUUACUAUGGCGGUGCAUAUCGGGAACGACAGCAAUCAGCACUAAAGAAGAAGCGCAAGCGGGGUUCGGAGAGUAAUGAUGGCGCAGUCGUCGCGUACGGAACCAACACCUCCCAGAUUUGUAUGUUCUCGCCUGCGGAGGGUCGAAUCGUAGGGACUCUGAGCGGGGGACAUGAGCGAGGGGUCAAAGAUUUCAAAUUCUCUUGCGCAGAUUAUCUGCACGGUUGGAGCAUAGGUGAAGAUGCAAAGCUGUUACAAUGGGAUCUGGCCAAGGACCAACCCAUCAGGACAAUCAACCUCCCGGACCCUGCUAUCAAUAUCCUCGCUUCGCCGACCCAAAACAUCCCCCCGAUUAUUUGUGCCUCUUCCACCCCGUUUGCAAUCGACCUCGUAUCGUCCGAUGAUUUUCGGAUAGAUCGCUUCGAUUCCUUCAAAAAUCCAGUCCAUUCAUUAUGUCGGUCAGGCUUAAACGUUGCAGGGUCUUCCGAAUAUUUCCUCGCUGCAGACCCCGAGAGGUACAUCAACGUCUACGACAUAUCUCAAAAGAGACUCGUGCGCACUUUAGUCGCAGGAAGUGGUGUCGUUUCUCUCGACCUUGCGACUCCAUCGGUCGAAGCGGCAGACGCCCUGCGUCAGCAGGUUCUUUGCGUGGUAACAAAAGAAGGGACCGUUGAGCUCUUUCCCAGACCCUUUGUGGAAAAUCAGCAAGUCAACGGAGAUUUGAAAUCUAGCAGAAAGAACCUCACAAGAAAAGCAACGGCCUCGAUUCGGUUGGUCACUCCGGACUCAAAAGUUAAACAUGUCCCAAUCCUAGCAGCAUUCCUCCAAGGGUCCGACGUCAUCCUCGUCUCCGCCGAUGGUGGCGUGGACGUGGCCUUUCAGAAAGUGAGAUGGCAGGACGAAGGAAACGGAGAAGUACUUUUUGACGGCAUUAGAGAGGUUCUGAAAGCGACGAGUUCAUCUACUCUCAACACAGCCACCCUCAACGGAGUUAAGGACCUGGGGAAAACAUAUGUGGAUGAAUCGAGGACUGUCGUUGUCAAUGGUGGGGCAGGAGGCGUAUCUCUGGGCGCUGCGAUUUCAAUCUCUGACAGCGAAGGCGCGGAAGAGACUGACGAUUCCGAAGAGGGUGAAUCUGCCAACGAAGCAGCGAUCAAGACGAAGGCUGAAGACGCAGGGGAAGGUGAUGAAGCCUCAGACAUGGAUUCCGACGAAGAGAUGGCAGACACUGAAAAAGCAGAAGCCACAGGCUUGGGCGACGCAGAUACCGACUCAGAAGCGGAAGAGGGAGAACCCUCUUUUGGCGAACUAUUAGCAUCCAAACACCCCCACGAGAUAUCCAUCGCAUCAGCCAUCUCUCAACGCGAUACCUCCGUCGUCACGCUCAAGCCCGGCCAAACAACAAUACCUUCUGGCAUGUCUCUGUCCACAGUACUUACCCAAUCACUCCGCACAAAUGAUACCUCUCUUCUAGAAGCCUGCUUGCACACUCUGGACAUGUCCAUCGUCAAAUCCACCAUCCAACGGCUCGACUCCACCCUCGCUGGCAUUCUCCUCUCAAAACUCGCCGAAAGACUCGCUUCUCGUCCAGGGCGGUACGGACACCUCAUAACGUGGGUGCAGUGGACUUGUAUCUGUCACGGCGGAGCGAUAGCAAGCCAGCCCGGCGUCACAGCAAAAGUGAGGACGCUGUAUGAGGUAUUGAACGCGAGGAUGCAGACGUUGGAUGAUUUGUUACUGCUGAAGGGCAAGUUGGACAUGCUGGAUGCACAGCUGGGUUAUCGAAAACAAUUGGUGGCUCAGAGACCACAGGGCAGUAGAAAAGGAAGAGACGAACCCGGGAUAAUCUACAUUGAAGGGGAAGACAACUGGGAUAGUGACGAUGAAGACUUGGAUGAGGACAUUACCAGGCCAACCAAGAAGUCGAGGACGAAGCAGCAGACAGAUCUAGAAGGGCUCGUCGGUGAAGAAGAAGAGGAGGAGGAUGACGAAGAUCUAAUGCCUCUCGAAAACGGUGCUGAGGAUAUGUCAUCUGACAACGAAGAGGACGACGACGACGAAGAGGACGACGACGACGAAGAGGACGAGGUGGAAGAACCCAGGCUGAACGGCGUGCGCAGUACGCGGAGCCUUGUUGAUGACGAGGCUGAAGUUUCCAGUGCCGAAGAAUCCGACCCUGACGAUGACGGGCCGUCUCCAGCGGGUUCAGAAACUCCAUCUGUCGCAUCUUCAGACAAUGAAGACGCGAGUGACAGUGCAGGCGAAGAGAGCGACGACGACGAUGAAGGCGAGGAAGAAGAGGACGAAGACUCGGAGAUGGACAGCUUCAUCAACGACGGAUCCGUCGACUUCGGAGAGGAAGAGGGUGAUGAAGUGCGUGUGCCUGGUGACUCUAGUGACGAUGAGGAGGGUGGAGACGAGGACAGAGAUGCGCUCGAGGAGGCUGAACCUCUCCCGAAAGCCACUCCUGUCACCAAGAAAGGGAAAAGGGCCGAUAAGAAUAAGGGAAAGGUGGAAAGGAGAAUCCCACACAUCGACGACGACGAUGUGGACAUGGACCUGGGCCUGGAAACGCCAAAGUCGAAAUCAAAGUCGAAGCACAAGUCGGCGAAGAAGACGAACAGGACCUGAGCUGCCCUGACUGAUCAGAAUGAGUCUGAGCAACGCAUCUUCAGAGGUCGUCGGCGACAAUACCUAGGCAAUGACAAGCCCUAGAUUGUCGCGCCGCUGCUGCAUCGUAUCUCCUCCACCGACUGGCCAUGCUGAACACCAACACUUGGCUGCAUGUCUGCCUCUGUCCCUAUGUCCACACUUAUCUCUACCUCUACCUUCGGCGACGUCGCUGUCUACGCUACCUCUUGUCAGGAUACAUAUGUGAGCUGGUUUAGAAAUGAUGGCUUGGAAAGCAGAGGUGGUUGAGAUGCGCAGCUUAUACAACCCACCGUCAUGAUCAUCCACAAGCAUCACCACCGCCAUCAGCACACGUUAAUACUAAUGUCCAAGAGCAUCAUCAAGGACCUGUCCACAACCCAUCACCGACAGCAUGCCCUGAUGUGCUUGUGUACAUACCGACUCUGCAACCCGCGAUGGAGUGAAUACCUACCCUACCCUACCCUACGAGGCUUAUCUGAGGAUCAGUCACAUAUGCUCUAUCCAACAGGAAUGAGGCAUCAGCGCAAUGGCCGCGCAAUGGGAGGGGAAGGAAUGUCGUUGGAUCAUCAUUUUUUCAAAGCGACCUAAAGGCAUCUGGUCGCGCAAAACGUCUCUGGUGGCUUCAGCAUAGCGAGGACCUGGAUACCAGCGAGCAUGACAUGAACAUUGAGCAUUCGGCAUUGAGCAUAUUUUCUUUUCUUCUAGAUUGCAUGUGUCCAGGUCAAAAGUCAGAUAUGAAUGAAUGAGUAUUUGUUGUUCUCAUGAGGGCUUAUCGAA